AUGUAUGUUCAAUUACCAUUUGAUGAUUUGAAGGUCGAUCCUACUCAAAAGAAGAGAGUAGCGUAUUUUUAUGAUGCUGAUGUGGGUAACUAUGCUUAUGGUGCUGGUCAUCCAAUGAAACCUCAUCGUAUAAGAAUGGCACAUUCGUUAAUUAUGAAUUACGGGUUAUACAAGAAGAUGGAGAUUUAUCGUGCCAAACCGGCUACUAAACAAGAAAUGUGCCAAUUUCAUACUGAUGAAUAUAUUGACUUUUUAAGCCGUGUUUCCCCUGAUAAUUUAGACAUGUUUGCCAAAGAGCAGAUUAAAUUCAAUGUUGGAGAUGAUUGUCCAGUUUUUGACGGAUUAUUUGAGUAUUGUGGUAUUUCAGGUGGUGGGUCGAUGGAGGGUGCUGCAAGGUUAAAUAGAGGAAAAUGUGAUAUUGCUAUUAAUUAUGCAGGUGGUUUACAUCAUGCUAAAAAAUCGGAAGCUUCUGGGUUUUGUUACUUAAAUGAUAUCGUAUUAGGUAUUAUUGAAUUAUUGAGAUAUCACCCAAGAGUUUUAUAUAUUGAUAUUGAUGUUCAUCAUGGUGAUGGAGUGGAAGAAGCCUUCUAUACGACCGAUAGAGUGAUGACCUGCUCCUUCCACAAGUAUGGUGAAUUUUUCCCUGGUACUGGUGAAUUGAGAGAUAUUGGUGUUGGUAAGGGUAAAUACCAUGCAAUAAACGUGCCUUUAAGAGAUGGUAUUGAUGAUGCUACUUACAAGUCCAUUUUCGAACCGGUAAUCAGCAAGGUCAUGGAGUGGUAUCAACCUUCGGCUAUUGUCUUACAAUGUGGUGGUGAUUCAUUGAGUGGUGACAGAUUGGGGUGCUUCAACUUGUCAAUGUCAGGCCACGCUAACUGUAUUAAUUUUGUCAAGUCAUUCAACGUUCCAAUGAUGGUCGUUGGUGGUGGUGGUUAUACAAUGAGAAACGUUGCUAGGACUUGGUCUUUUGAAGCGGGUUUAUUGAACAACGUCGUAUUACCCAGCGAAUUGCCAUACAAUGAAUACUACGAGUAUUAUGGUCCAGACUACAAAUUGGAUGUCAGACCAUCCAAUAUGUACAAUGCCAAUUCUCCCGAAUUUUUAAAUAAAAUAUUAACUAAUAUUUUGACUAACUUGGAAAAUACUAAGCAUGCGCCAUCAGUUCAAAUGAAUUACGUUCCGAAUGAUGCUGAAGACUUGGGUGACAUCGAUGAAGACACACAAGAGGCGAUAGACACCAAGGGCGGUUCGCAGCAAGCAAGAGAUGAAAUAACUCAACCAGACAACGAAUUCUACGAAGAUGACGAUAAAGAUGCUGGUAGUAGAGACAUCCAAAAUUUCAGCAAAUCUGCGUCUGCUUCUGAAUCUAAACCUGCCGAGUUAGAAACUACAGCUCAACCAGAAACAUUGGAAGAGCCUGAAGAUGAGAAAAUGCUUACUGACGAAGAAUUGAAAGAGAUAAACGAAUUAAACUCAAACGAGAAUAAUGCUUAA